CUGUCAAUUCGUUUGCAACUAUAUCAUGUGGCGAAGGAAACAGGAUUACGAAUGGCACGGGAAACAUCGACAUGACUAGAAGUGCACGAUGUCAACCGAAUGGGCUGUGGAAUUCGACAUACGCAUGUGAAUCGAAGGAUUGUGGUGAAUUUACAAUCGACAACCAAACGGCCCAUAAUACAAAAAUAAUAUGGAAUAGAGCAAACCUCUUUGGAGAUGUCGCUACUGUAAGCUGCAUUGAGGGAUACAGAAUCAAGGGACCACACAUCAACGAUCUUGUAUCAGAGAAUAUCACAUGUGGGGCCGAUGGCCGUUGGAGAAAUAUAUCUGGAUGCGAACCUAAAGAUUGUGGAAGACCAAAUGAACCAGACCAUGGCUGGGUGAAUAUCUCGAAUGGAACAGCUGUAGGAAACACGGUAAAAUUCUACUGUAAUAUAGGCUAUACUGUAGAUGGAAACAAUAUAACAACAUGCCUUAACAACAACACAUGGAGCCGUCCGACACCAGAGUGCAAAAUCAACGAUUGUGGAAAUCUGACGCAACCGCAACACGGAAAUGUGGAUACCUCUAACGGAAUAACAUAUCUUUCUAUCGCCGUAUACUCAUGCAACGUUGGCUACACGCUGUCUGGCAAUGUAUCCCGUCUUUGUUACGCAAACAGGACAUGGAGUGACCAACCACCGAUAUGCAUAAUCAACAAUUGUAAAGAUCCGAACCCCAUAUCAAAUGGUAACUACACCCUUUUGAACGGCACAACGACAUACGAGUCGACGGUUCGGUAUUCGUGUGAUGCGGGGUAUUCACUGUACGGUACCGACAUUAGACGUUGUCUUGCCAACAGAAGCUGGACGCCACUUGAUGUCAACUGUACAAUUAAAGAUUGUUUUGAUAAAGUUUUGCCCGAGUUCGCGAAUGUAACUUUCUGGAACGGAACAGUGUACAAGUCCAUAGCAACUGUAAAAUGUAAAGAGGGAUACAGAAUAUUCGGUCGUAACAAUAACUGGUUAACAGCGGAAAACAUAACGUGCACGGCCUACGGCAACUGGUCUAAAUAUUCUGGUUGUGAAAAGAAAGACUGUGGUAAAAAAGAGUCAUACGAUAACGCUUAUGUGCACUGGACAAAUGAGACACGGUUUGAGUCUUCGGUAAAAGUUCAGUGCGAAGAAGGAUAUCGAAUAAACGGUAGUCAUGACAAUAACGUAACCUAUGAAGAGAUAAAAUGCCAGGCGAAUGGUCAUUGGUCGACACCACUAGGAUGUAUCAAAAAAGAAUGCCCAACGGAUAUCGAUGUUAAUCACGGUAAUGUGACAUAUUAUGGGCGUCUUUACCGUGACAUCGCCUCUAUAAGAUGCUCACCGGGUUAUAGAAUUAAUGGCACGGAAGGCAACAACAUCGUCAAUGAAACUGUGAAGUGUCAAUCAACGGGCAGAUGGCAACUUCCAAGUGGUUGUGUUCGAAAAGAUUGUUUAGACAAAGAACAACCCGCUUAUGCGAGUGUUAAUUACUUGAACGGUACUCUUUACGAAGCAAUAGCAGUCAGCACAUGCCGAGAGGGUUACCGUAUCAAAGAAAGAAACACAAAUGCCAAUGUAUCGGAGGCAAUACAGUGUCUGGAUACGGGAUUAUGGUCUCAAGCAUCAGGAUGUGAACGAAAAGACUGCGGAUCAGAUGUAACCGUAAACAAUGCCAAUGUCAGCCUGCAACCAUCUGGCAAUACUUUAUACGAUGCCCAUGCCACUGUAACAUGCCUUACUGGAUAUAGGCUCUACAGACAACAUGACAAUCAUCAGGUGGAUGAAAAAAUCCAGUGUCUCUCAAACGGAUCCUGGAAACUUUCAUUGGGCUGUGAACGGAAAGAUUGUGGAAAUGAGUUGAACCAAAGAAAUGCCAACGUGACGUUUCCGAACGGCACAACGUAUCAGUCAACUGCCAAGGUUCAGUGCAUAGACGGGUACCGUUUACAUGGGCUAUACGACAACAAUAAAACGGUCGAACACAUUCCAUGCACUGAUGGCGGCUUUUGGGACCUGCCACAUGGGUGCGAAAGAAAAGACUGUGGAAGACCUCAUGACAUCACCAACGGAAAAGUAACGCGUGGACCUUGUACGUUUGAGAGCACUGUAAACUAUACGUGUAACACCGGCUACAACACCUUUGACGUAACAACUCUGAAGUGUAACAGCAUGGGUCUGUGGGAUAAUAAUCCGCCAAACUGCACUGAUAUCGAUGAAUGCAGGAACCACGAUAAAAACCACUGUCACUACUACUCCAACUGCACAAAUACUCCAGGAAGCUACACGUGCAAGUGUAUCGAGGGUUAUGAUGACCUAGACGGUAACUUAGGUCGAAGGUGUGAAGAUCACAACGAAUGCGAGGACCCUCCGAAUACCCAGUGCAGUUUCUGGCUGAACAAAACGCGCGCAUGCGUGAACUUGCAGGGUGGCUAUAUUUGCAUUUGCAACAAGGGAUGGAACGGCACGAAAUGUGAUAAUGAUAUUAAUGAAUGUUUGGAACCACAUCCAUGUGGUGAACAUGCUUAUUGUACAAACCUUUUUGGAAGUUAUAACUGUUCAUGCACGCCUCAAUACCCGCAGGGUAACGCUUUCCUUGGCUGUUUUGAGCCUGUAAUUAUUGCAUUUGAAACGAAUGGGACAAGAUUCAAUGGUGACAACGAAAUCUUAGACACAUUUCAAAUACCAAACAGGUUCCCUUACUUUGGAACAUACUACACGUUAUUCAGGGUAGUGUAUCCAUUGAAUUAUAACGUUUCUAUUAUUUUACCAAGCAUGGAUGGAUUCCUCGCUCUCGACUUCCAGCCAUUGUACAAUCAAUACGGCGGCGAAUCUCCCAGCGAAUGGACAGCUGCAAUUCAGAAGCAUAUCGUCAUUGCCCCGUUAUGGACAAACAUUGACAGCAAAAAUAUAUCAAAUGGUGGUCUGUGGAUCCACGUGUUGACUGAGAGAGACAAGGCUGACGUUAUACAAAUCCAAGACGUUGUUCGAUGUACAGAAACCAGACCGAAUUCAAAUCAGUGUGGACCUGGUACCACUUGGUCAAUCGCCCGAACUGCAAACAUAAGUUCAGAGCAGCUUCGAACCGCAAUCAAGAAGGAAGGGGUGUCGCUGUCAGACGAGAAGGAGUGGAAGCUGGCCAAGUGCAUCCUGCGUUUCUCGGAGGUUGUGUCCAAGUGCCUCGAUGACCUCCUGCUGCAAAGCCUGUGCGACUACGUAUACGAACUCUCCUGCACUUUCACCGAGUUCUACGACAAGUGCUACUGCUUUGAAAAGGACCGCAACACUGGGGCAAUACUGAAGGUGAACAUGGGGCGUAUACUUUUCUUUGAGGCCACAGCAAACAUCAUAGCUGCUGCCUUCCACAUUCUGGGCAUCACACCCGUAGAGAAGAUGUGA